CUUUUUCCAGAUAUGACAGUGGAAGAUGAGGGGAUAGAAGCACAUUUUGAAGAGCAAAAUGAGCCAGGGAAGAACAAGAAGAAAAAAAUGAAGAUUGCAACAAACUUGAAGACGAAGCAAGCAGAAAAUAUAACCCAGGCGAAUGAUGUUGCACUAAAGAAGAAGAAGCAGAAACGAAAAGAAGAUUUGGAUAAAAACGAUGGCGAGUCCGACGAAAAAGUUGUUACGGAAGCGAAGAAGGAGUUGAAGCGAAAACGCAUUGAAGACGCGCAUGGGAAUGUCUCUGAGUCGGUAGUUUCUGAAAAGAAGGUGAAACUUGAGGGACCACUGAAAUUGGCAAUAGAUCCUGCAUCCCUGGCAGCUAGAAAGGAAAAAAAGAAGCAGCUCUUGAAAGAGAAACUAAAAGAAGGACUACCGCUCACGGAGCUGAUUGGAAAAGGUAUAAACGAUCUGAUUGGAACGAAAGAAGAAGAGGUUCAUGAAGUCAGAGAAGAGAAACAUCAUAAGGAAACUGCAAGUGGAGAAACAGAAACUGUCAAGAAAAAGAAAAAGAAAGUUAAGAAGAAUGUAAAGGUCGUAAAGCCCGUCGUUGCUCCGAAGAAGCACCAGCAGUCCUCCUCAGAAUCACCUGCACCUCCUGAAACCGAUGAAGAUAAAGCUGAAGCAGAUACCUGGGAGGAGGAUAAAAUAAAAAAGAAAAAGAAAGUGAAGAAAAAUAACACGGACAAUCAAGCAAAACAAAAGGAAGAUAACAAGGCCGAGCUGAAAAAGAAGAAGCAGAAGAACAAGGCUGCACCAGUGAAGGAAAAUAAUGUUGAGGAAGGAGAAGAAGCACCACAGUCAAGCUCAGCUCAACGACCUCAGCAUAAUCCACAAAAAUACAAGGAACUACUCGAAAAACUAGCUUCGAUCAAGAAAGAGGGGGAGGCUCGCCAAGCAAUCUCUGUCGAAAUUAACGCUGGAAAGCUUGAAGACGCAGAGCUCAGGAUUGUGUUGAGGAUGUGGAGGCAACAAAAGCGCAGAAAGAUGAUAGCUGAAAACAAGGAGAAACUUGUACAAAUGGAAGGGUCUCUGGAGGAGAUAAAGAAAGUCGCGAAUGAUCUUGUCCGAAGGGGGAAGCUGAACCCGAGGGAUGCAGGUGACAUCAUAAAGCGAUGGAAAGCUCGUGAGAAGCGCCGAGUGGAGCGACAAGUAUCAAAACAGACUGGAAGAGCGUGCUUCCAUUGCCGUCAGCGAGGCCAUGUCUUGGCAGAAUGCCCAAAUCGCGGUGAUGAUAAUCAGGUUGGAAAUGUGGCGAUUACGCAUGGUGAUGGAAUCUGCUUUAAAUGCGGUUCUACAGAACAUAGUGUACAUAAGUGUCCGAGAAAGAACAUCAAAGGAUUCCCCUAUGCUACGUGUUUUGUUUGCGGUCAACAAGGCCAUCUAUCAAGAGAUUGCGAAAAGAACGCAAAUGGUAUUUACCCGGACGGAGGUGGUUGUAAUGUAUGCGGAUCGACAAAGCAUUUGAAACGUGAUUGUCCUGAACUGGCAGCCCAAAAGCAGAAAAAAGAAGAGAAGAAUGUGACCAUUCGAACCAUGUCGGCCAUGACAUCGGCUGACGCUGACGACAUUCCCGAAGAUGAGGCGCAAGCGCUCAAGAAAAAGCCGAAGAAGAUAGUCAAGUUCUAAUAGUAAAGUAUAGGUGUGUCAUAUGAAUUGUACGAGUUUCAUUCGCAUUUUUCUCAUGCCGACGUAUUGACGCCCGUUUACGGUUACAUGAGAAUUUUACGAGCAUCAACGUAUGAAUCAGCAAUGUAAACUCGUGUGUAGAGAUGAGCGCUGGGCGGUUUUGUGCCUGAUUUUCGUUGGGGAAGUGUUGUUAAAGAGCGUUAUAUUGUACUAUCUAAAAAUUUUAUUUUAUUGCAUGUUUAUCGAUUUUUUGUUAGAAAGCGUUUAGAGUUUUCUUAAUUCAAAGAACUGUUAUUAUUGCAUGUUUUGUUAACUCUAUUUUUCUUAUUUUGUUUGACUAUUUAUUUAGAAUGUAAUUUGCUGUAUUGUUCUCAUAAUCUGGAAUUAUCCCAUUUUAGCAGUCCCCUACGUAUUUGCACCAUUUUUUUCAAUUUUGC